AUGGAAGGACACAAGAAAUAUUAUUCCUUGGUAUCCGGCGGUUGCGCUGGUUUUGUGGAGGUAUCAAUAAUGCAUCCAAUGGAUUUGAUAAAAACCAGAUUUCAGAUCCAGAGAGGGCCAGAAGAUCCAAAUAGAUACACGUCUCUGAGAGAUUGUUUCAGUAAAAUGUACAGACAGGAAGGGGCUUUAUCAUUUUAUAAAGGUAUAUUGCCUCCAAUUUUAGCCGAGAUGCCAAAAAGAGCUGUGAAAUUUUUCACAUUUGAAGAAUAUAAGAAACUGUACAGUUUUGGGGACCAUUUAUCUACACCAGUUAUCUUGACCCUGGCAGGAUUAUCCUCGGGAUUAACAGAAGCUGUUUUUAUUAAUCCCUUUGAAGUGGUUAAAGUGACGCUACAAGCUGACAGACAGAAUAUUCACAAACAAAAGAGUACCAUACAGACAGCACGAGAGAUAAUCCGAGCUCAUGGUUUUGGUAGUCAGGGUAUGUUUAAAGGGUUAACGUCUACGUUAGGAAGGCAUGGUGUUUUUAAUAUGAUAUAUUUUAGUUUCUAUUACAAUGUUAAAGAUAUAGUCCCUACUUUAGAGGAACCAGUAUUAGAGUUUUUAAGAAAGUUUGCUAUUGGUCUAGCAGCAGGUACCAUAGGAUCCUGUAUAAACAUACCUUUUGAUGUAGCUAAGAGUCGAAUUCAAGGUCCACAACCUGUACCAGGUGAAAUUAAAUACAGAACUUGUUUUAAGACUAUUCUUACUGUUUAUAGAGAAGAGGGGUAUCUAGCUCUAUAUAAAGGAUUAUUACCUAAAAUAAUACGACUAGGACCAGGAGGAGCUAUAAUGUUGUUAGUUAAUGAUUAUGUUUUAACCUGGAUGAAAACUAAUCUGUGA